AUGAGCAGCAUCAUCUGUGUUGAUGUCACAGCAUCAUACAGCAGGUCACCGUACCAGUCACUCUCCGCCCAAAGCCUCAGACACAGGGUGCGCGGUCCGAGAGGAGGCAUGCCAAGCCUCCCACGAGUCUGACACUGACGCCAACUAGAAGCCAGGACGCUGAUAUCAUGGAGCCUAAUGCUUGUGAUCCAAGUGAAAUAAAGCCCCCUAUUGGGCCGGAUUGUGUCCAGCGCUAUGAAAGACCACCUCCUGUCCACACGGCGGCUGACUGGAAAAUUAUACUGCACCUGCCCGAAAUUGAUACGUGGAUACGAGGCACAGCUGAUAGAGUGAGAGGACUUACACAGUCUGUGCAAGAGGAUCCCCAGAGCAAGCACGUGGACGUGCACCUAAUGCAGCUGAAGGAAAUCUGUGAGGAUAUCUCCGAUCACGUGGAACAGAUCCAUGCUCUGCUGGAUACAGAAUUCUCCCUGAAGCUCUUGUCAUACUCUGUCAAUGUUAUUGUGGAUAUACAUACAGUGCAACUCUUGUGGCACCAGCUGCGGGUGUCUGUGCUGGUCCUGAGGGAGAGGAUCCUACAAGGGCUGCAGGACAGCAACGGCAACUAUACUCGGCAGACGGACAUCCUGCAGUCGUUCACCAAGGUGGACCAAGAGGAUAGGCUGGAUGCUCUCACCGAAGUGGAUGGCUCUGGUCAACUGACUAUUCGAUGCCCCCCAGACUACCUAUCUCUGGAUUGUGGGAUAACUGCCUUCGAAUUAUCAGACUACAGUCCCAGGGAAGAAGACACCCCACCUCCACCUGCAAAGCCCCUAGAAGACUGGACAUACAAAGCUAUGCAACAGGAGUUUCCAGAUCUCUUUAAGGGCCCUGGUCUUUUAAGCGUGAUUCCUGACCAGGAUACCCCAGUUGAUGCCGAGAUGGAAAAAGAGUCUGCACCUCAGAUGGAUGACCCAGGACAUCAAUCUCUCAAAACUUUACCUCCCACUGAAAGCACCACACCAAAAAGACCACUUCAGGAGAGCAGUGACCACGGAGGAGACUCUCCCACUCAGCCCUCUUUGCCAAAGAAGGGACUGUUUCUGAAUGAUGUGAUUAACUGGGCCCAGACAGACAACGUAGCGUCUGUUGAGAUGAACUCUCCACUGCCUGUAUGUCUUUCUUCCCCAAAAAAACAGUUCAGUCUUAGUCUGACACCCACAUACUCUUCUACAGCCCCACCAUCUUUUAAAUGCCAAGUACCUAAAGAGGAUGGCACAGCACAGAAUGUGGGGAUGGAAGAGGAUGACAGUCAAGUGCACCUGUCCCUUAAUGGUAGACAGUUUCCUGGUAGUCCUAGUCACUCCCAAUGUGGAACACCAUAUGAAAAUCAGAGAGAGCUACAUAAUAACAGACUGCUGGUUUCACCACCCCAAGAAUUAGGGACAGACAAUUGGUAUGGGUCAGAUGAGUUCCUGGCCUUGCCCUCACACUUGCACCAAGCCGACCUUCUUGCCUUGCACCUAGGUAGCCUUUCACAACUGGUAUCUCCAACCCCUGGAGAUCCACAACCACCUCUAAGGGAUGUGGAGGACUGGGAGGUUAGUUCAGGCUCAGAGGUUGGGCCCAGCUCACCCCGUUGUCUCUCUCCCAGUACCCCAAGUGACAUGUCCUCAUAUCUGAAAGGCAGUGGGCAAUCAAGUCCACAUCUUGGUGGUCCAGCACACAGCGGGCGGCAAAACAGAGCAGCUCUAAUACAGAGGCUAAUGUGGGACAUACAGAGACAGGACAAUGACCGACACGUGUGGGACAGAAUCCAGGGUUUUGUAUCCAAGCUUGAUACAUUCAUACACUGGCUGCAAGAUGCUAUGGAAGCCACCGAGAACUGGACCCCUCCUCUGCCUGAAACAGAGGCCUUACAACUGUACCUGCAUACACACCUGAACUUUAAGCAGAGUGUGGAUGGUCACUGUGCACUGAAGGAUGCAGUCCUGGAAGAAGGCCACAGGCUGAUGGAAGUGCUUGUAUCUCACAGGCAAGGUUUCCAAGAGAUGCUGCAGAUGAUCACUGCGCAGUGGAAGGAGCUGCAGAAGCAGAUACGGAGACAGCACAGUUGGAUCCUUGGCGCGCUUGACACCGUUAAAGCAGAUAUACUGCAGAGAGAUGAGAUCCCUGAGGUUGUGACUGAAUCACAGGUGGAUGGGUCUCUCAGUUCCAUAGAGGCCCAGAGAGAUGCUGUUACCAAGAUGUCACUGCAGCUGAGCAGUGCAGAGUAUUGCAACACAGCUCAUCACACUAACCCAACUCCUUUAAAGAGUAGCAUGAGAAAUGACAGUGUCCAACUGGUGGAGGCAGAGUGUCAGGAGUUCUGGGAAUGGCUGCUUGACAUGGAGGCCACUGUGCAGAACAGUCUUGGGUUGCUGGUGUCUGAAGAACAACAUCUACAGAUGUGCAAGAGGUGCAGUGUGGAGAUGUCACUGCGAGAGGACAGGGUGCGCUCUUUACUGUGUCAGCUUGCAACCCUCAGGAAUGAAGGUGCUACACUGCCUGCUGGCAUCCUGGACAAGGAAGUGUUGAUUCGGGACAAAUGGGAGAUGUUAAAGAGGUCUCUUUCUGAGGCACUCUCGUGUUCAGCACCCUGUCCAGUGCUCUCUCCUGGAAGUGGUAGUCUAGUGCAGCAGCUGGAACAGCGAGUAAAGGAACUCAAAUCCUGGCUGAGAGAUACUGAACUGGCCCUAUAUAACUCCAGCUUGAGGGUGGGUAAUGAAGAGAAUGGUGGCGAGAAGGAAAGACUCCAGAGAGAGCGGCAUCAGUUCCAGUGUCUCUGCUCCGAGCUCAGGCUGCGUAGGCGUGGGGUGAGAUCCGUCCUGCGCUUGUGCCAACAUCUCCUAAGUGUCCAGGACCAGUCUCCGCACCAUGACCCCCCCAAUCUGCAGCUCCUAAGUGUCAAUUUGGAGAGGAGAUGGGAAGCCAUUGUGAUGCAGAGUACACAAUGGCAGAGGAGGCUGCAGAGGGAGCUGGGCGAAGAGCAGGAGCUGGAUAUGCUAGUGGACCCAGACUGGGCGGAUUUAAGCAGUGCUGGUGGUGAGGAAGCCUUGGAAUGGGAUGAGACUGAUAUCACAGUGGAAGCUGCGUGUAGCGACCAGGAUGAUGGAACAGAGCCAGUUGUGUCAGCUAGAAGACACUGCUCAGGGCAAGAUGAUACAAGUCUAAUCCAUGAGCAAAACUCAUUUCGCACACCUGUAUACCAAGUCUACAAUCUGCACAACAUUGAGCUUUUCAGAGCAAACCUAGAUCCAAUAUCAAAAAAAGCCCAAACAUUUGGCACUUCGUCAUCUCUUCCCCUCUCUCUUCUGCAAGGAUGCCCCUUUUUAUCUCUGCCAGAUUUAGCUGAUGGAUCCCCACAAGCUCGCCAUUUCCAUCUUUCAAAAAUCCCAAAAGAUUUUAGUGGCCACUCCGAGAGCGAGAGUGGGAUUGCAAGUGGAGGAGAAGGUGUGACUGCUGCCAAUUCAGAGGGGUGCUUAUCAUUGGAUGGGGAUACACCACAAGGGAUUCAGAGUCAGAACGACGACAUGGUACAAGUUGGGGUUAAAGAACUUUAUUUCAGAACAAAACCACAUAGUCCACUCACAUUUCACGAUGCUUCUCAACUACAAGCUGAUAGACUAAAACCUUUGAUGCUGGAAAAAACACAGAGGCUAAUACCUAAUUUUUGUUUUCAGUGGACACCAGGUCUGACUGGUACAAAUAGGACUUUGCUUCCAGCUAGCUCUGAAGACCAUAGUCCAGAAGACACAGUUGAUUUUCAGGACCUUAUUGAAGUAUUGAGCCCAGAAAACACUCCCCUUAAUUCAUCCUCUCUAGAAUCUCUAUCAGCGGUUGGUGGCGAGGUUCUAGAGAUGGCAGUCCUUAGGCGUAGUGUGUCUCUAGAGAGCUGGCCUGCCUCAUAUAAAAGCAAUGAAGACCUUUUCAGUCAGCAAGGCUCAGCUGAUGUUACCCCAGGUAGUGAACCUGGUGAAGAGUUAAGCAAGCGUACCCUGGACCUACUAAAGAGACUGGAAGGUAUUGAGUGUCCGUCUGAACAGAAAAUGAAGCGCAGUCUUUCGGAUGACAUUACUCUACACAGCGGUUCUCGAAAAGCAUCCUUAACUGGCUUCCACUCCCCACAUGAUAAGGAAUCAUCAGGGAAUGAAGAUAUUGGUUCUGAGCUGACCGAACUGAGCAGUAGUGAAGAGCUUUCACUUAGAUCAGAAGAUAUGGUUGUGCUAAAAGGACGGUUAGGUUUAGUGAACUCCAAUGCCUCUUUCCGCAAGCACUUGAGCCGUUCUCUGGGAGGAGAAGAAGGUGAAGCCAACCUGAGCAUGAUUGUCAAUGUCUCAUGUACCUCAGCCUGCACUGAUGAAGAGGAUGACAGUGACUUGCUUUCAAGCUCCACCCUUACAUUAACUGAGGAAGAGGACGAAGAGGAACUUGAAGAGCCAAACUCAAGUUUGGGAAGUGAAGACGAGACUGGGGAUGGUACAGAACUGCCUUUGGGGGCUGAUUUUAUCAGACGGGAGUUGCAGGCAUGGAUUAGACCCUCAUUUCUGCUUCCCAGAGAAAGAAGAAAAAUGAAUAGGCUGGUACAAGACAUGACUGGUGCACCUAAGUCUGAGAAGAUAGUGCGCAGUUCGGCACAAUUGCAGAAAGAGACCAAUGGAAAUGGAAAAGAUACAUGCAAGGUUUUGACAAGAGCAGGAGAGGAGGAAAUGCUAUUUAGCUCAAGUCAGCUGGUGGAUGAUGUGGAAAAUGGAAAUGUCUAUAGUAGGGUAGGUACAAUGAAGGACUGUGUAGGUAAAAGAAACCUCCCUGAUAGGAGCAAAAAAUCUGGACUAUACCCAUCAAUAUCAUUUACCAAAACAGAGAAACUUCAUCCUCCCAGCAUGCCUGCCUUGGCGUUCCACAAGCCCCGUGAGCUAGGACCAUCUUCUAAUGGGAAGAGCAAUCUACGGGUUACAUGUGAUGCAACUGAAGAUGUGGAUAUGCAAGAUAACAGUUCUAUGCCAGAAAAAGAUCAAGAAGUACCUUCUUCUGCAGCUGCAGAGGCAGGGAAUGACCCUUCCUGUUCUUGUCAUAGCUCUGCACAUGACAGGACGAGCAGUCCAGAUUGCACUGUACAAGAUUUUGUGAAGGAGAUUUUAGGAAUGACAUCUAAUGCACUCCAUGGGUCACCGCCACAGAGUGGCCAGAGCCAAGGCACUGGGGCACAGAUCAGGGAGAAAGUGUUGGAAUAUUCUCGCAGGCAGCUGGAAAGGGGUGACUUCUACUCUUAUUUAUCUCUCUCUUCCCAUGACAGUGAUUGUGGAGAGCUAAAUGGAUCUGUCCGGGCCACAACCCCUCAACCGCCAACAGAAGGAUUCACGGAGGAGCAAAUAGAGAGCAUGUUUGAAGCCUGCACAGACAAGAUGGAAGAGCAGAUAAGUGACCAGUCUCUGGAUUUCAAAGGUUAUUCCACUUUGACCUCUACACAGCCUGUAGUAAAAGCUUUGCCAGUGAAAGAGCCUCUUAAGUCUGUUGGCAAAAAGAGUCCUCAGAGUAGACCUCCAGUUUUGGGACAAGAAGCAACUCCUAGGGCAUCUGCCUGGAAAUUUCAGGACCAUUCAUCAGUCACUGCAAAUGGAGCUAGUAACAAAAUCUCUUGCAAGAAACUGCCUUCCCCAAAAGAAGUACAUCCUGAGUCUAAAGGGAAAAGUUCUGUAAAGCUCACUGUCUCUAGCCUCCCCAUACUGCACAAAAGGGUGAGAGACCAAAGGCCAGCAAUGACGGGCAGUACUACUCUGGGCACCGGGCAUCACAAGAGACCAUUAAAUGGAUCCAAGAGCCACAAGGACCUGUGAUUGUAAGGAUGCUUCCUCUGCAGGAGCUACGGUAGCAGUGUGGUGACCACUGCUCUCCUGUCUAUGCUUCCACUCGCGCAGCACUUCGGGUUUACAAUCCAUUUGCUUUUUGUAGGAAACUAAAACCUGAUAAACCCUUUUAUUCCUUGGGUAUAAAACAGGGUAUAGAUAAUGAGUUGUCCUAUGCCUGGCAAUCUAUAUCACCAUCAAGGACCAGUUUUGUGUCUCUUGAUAAUACAGUACGUGAUUUACCUUGAAGGACUUAAAAGACCUCAAUUUCUAAUUCUGGGAGCAAAGCUAGACCACAGCUCUGUAUUGCUGCAAGAUUAUAUGUGCUAUUUACAAUGGAGACAGAAAACAGAAUGAUGGAUACUACGUCGAUAAGGUUGUUUUUAAGAUGAUAGUGGAAGAACGAUAUAAUAUGGAAGGUUAGUUUGUCCGUAGGGCCUAUGAGACAGCACGUGAACCAAGAAGGAGUUAGGGUUAAGAAUAAACACAUUAAAGGAGAAAGUUUGGAAUGCAAGUGCAAGAGGGUUAAACUAGAGGAAAGUGUAGACCUUAAACAUGAAGACAAAAUAUGAAACGUGGCAGGGAUUGCGUGGAAUAACCCACGCUCUGUCAGAGGUUAUCUUUCUGUGCAGUAUUACGUUCCCCUACACACAGGAGACACUCAUUUCCAUUCAUGAUUGACGAUGACCAUUGUUUAUGAAGGAGGAUGUAUGACACCCAUAUAACCGAUGGUUGGAGAUAUAUAACCUAUUAAAUAUGCCUGAAAUUACCUAUUGUAUGACAGUGUGCUAAGGUAGAUUAAUUAAAGAUACUGUAAGGUGUUAAAAACCUUUUGAAUGCCAAAUAAAUCAAAACAAUAAUUUCAUUUCACAAAUUUGUUAUAACAUUUUAUGAUGCUCCCCUAUCGAAUUCCUUUGCUGACUAUAUUUCAGAUAAGAUAGUUAUUGCCUGUUAAUUAGUGAGCGACUAUACUUCUGGCAGCACCGUAACAAUCAAGAACUUACACAGCAACAAUGAUAAAUCAACAGCAACACUGGAUCACAUGUUGUCACACCUUUCCUCAGGUAGCCCCCAGCUGAUUAGGAUCUUUGGGGCAGAUGUAUUAAUCCUGGAGAAGUGAUAAAGUGGAGGAUAACACACCAGCCAAUCAGCCCCUAACUGUCAAGUUACAGACUGGGUUUGAAAAUGACAGGAGCUGAUUGGCUGGUGUUUUAUUACCUUCCACUUUAUCACUUCAUCAGGCUUAAUACAUCUGCUUUGUUAGAUUACCCUGUGUGCAAACAUGAGGGCAAUUAAUGACCAACUCAGUUUCAUGAACUCAUCUGUGUAUCAAUUCUAGUAUCAAUGGGGGUCAUUCUGACCCAUUCGCUCUCUGCUUUUUAACGCAGCAGAGCAAACGGGUCCCAAGUGCGCAUGCGCCGACGCCGUAGUGCUCCGGCGCAUGGCAGACGGACGAAGGCCAUAGCAGGGAUGCGAUAGCCUCUGCCUGAUUGACAGGCAGAGGCGAUCGUUGAGCGGGAAGGGGCGGAACGGCGGCGUUUGGCCGCCGUUUCGUGGGUGCGGUCUGGCAAACGCAGGCGUGGCCGGACCGAAUGGGGGGUGGGCCGCAGCGGCUGCAUGACGUCACACGCAGCCGCUGCGGGCCGGGGAGCGACGAGUAGCUCCCGGCCAGCAGGCUAAAGCUGCGCUGGCCGGGAGCUACUCUUGAAGUGCAAAGGCAUCGCCGCUGUGUGAUGCCUUUGCACUUCUGCAGGGGGGCUGGACUGACAUGCGGGGCGGGCUAGCCCUGUGCUGGGUGUCCCCCCGCAUGUCAGGGAAGAUGAUCGUAGCUGUGCUAAAUUUUGCACAGCUACGAUCAACUCGAAGUGACCCCCUAUGUGAUUAGCCUUCACCACUUCAUCUUUACCACAUUCCACUGGAGAACUUUGAGCUAUUUCCAUCAAUGGGGCUAUAGAACGGGCCUAGAUUUAUAUUGCAUCAUCUUAGGCUGAUCUCAAUGGCCUUUCCUUUUCCAGCUGAGUUCAGUCCCAGUCCUUACCCUACCCCACAAAAGGUAAAAGUAUUUGUCUAGUAUUUAAACUGUCUGUUUACAAAUCUGGGCAUAUUUACAGCUUAAUCUGUGUUGGGUUAGGCCCUGUUAUCUCCUAUAAAAUGGAUUUUCCCCAAAGUGACCUAAACAAAUGGUUAUCAUAAUGUAUGCAUUUCCCUUUCCAUAUAUUUGUCUACACAGCCCAUAUUUAAUUUCUGCUCAUCAAGAGAUAAAGUAAAAUGUUAUUGUAGUCAUUUUCUUAUUUUUUGGUUAAUAGGGGUGGAUCUGUUGCCCCAUGGGUGUCCCUGGGUAUAAUUGAACACCUCUGAAAGUUAUUGUUCAAUAAAACGACUUCCCAUGACUCCCAUUCUCUGCGUCCUACAGGGGGGAUCAAAAGUCUUAGCAUGUGUAGAAUGGAAGUAAUGGCACUCUCUCUUAUUCAGCAUUUACUGUCAUCCAGGAAACGUGCAGACAGAGUUCUGACAUAAAGCUGAAUGUGUUGCCAUACGAUAAUGUUAUACAACUGUUAGAAAUGUGUCACAUUUACAUCUAAAGAAAACCUGGUGCCUGUACAAUGCCUCUCCCCUUAUUUGGGGUAAAAGCAAUUAUGCAUUGGUGUAAUUUUUAAAUUUUUCAUCUACAAAGCAGUUUGGUAAUUUACACCUCAAAUUCUUUUAGGGUUCAUCAUAGACAUGAGCCUGUGCUUUGUUGCUGCUUUUCACAGGGCAUGUGUGUGUUGUUGUCCUGCAGCAGAGUGUUCUAUGGUGUUAAUCAGCGCUACAUAGAACUCGCUUAUAUUAUAUUGAGCUUUAACGCUUGUGAAUGCUGCAGGCAGCAUUAAUACUUACAGGAAGUCAAAAUGAGAUGAACGUCUGUCAGAUAGUGGGGCAGAUGUAUUAAUCCUGGAGAACUGAUAAAGCAGUGAUAAGUGCAAGGUGAUAACGCACCAGCCAAUCAGCUCAUAACUGUCAAUUUACAUACUGGAGCUGAUUGGCUGUUGCGUUAUCACCUUGCACUUAUCACUGCAUUUUCACUCCGUUGUGCCUUCUCCAGGGUUAAUACAUCUGCCCCAGUGUGUGUACAGGUCUGUUUGCAUACAUUCUUCUAAGCAUGCUCACCAGACUUUGCCAUGUAUUGAAGACUUUCUAUUAAUGCCUGUAUGUAUGAGACAAAUGUUGCGUGGAACCUUUUUCUUUACCUGUAUCAUUAGAACGAGGGAUGUGAGUGUAAUACACAUAACAUGAUUCUGUCUACAGUCUAUGAUACUGUCCCAGAUCUGUCCCUGGCUCAGGCAUGGAACGUGUGAUGGAGGACAAGUGUAGUGUUACAUUGUUGUGUUGCCAACACUGGUGGUAAAAGUGCCCCCACUGCAGGGAGCAUGGCUGCUACAGCCCGGGCAGUGAUCCACUGCACCUUUGCCAGGACUCACGAAUGCUCUGAAGGACACGCCUCUCAAUUUUGUUAUGGUCCACUGGGUGCAAUUCUAUCCCAAUACCCAUUGCCAUGUUCAUGUACAGUAGUCUAGUACUUCACACAAAGUCUUCAUGGUUCACUCACAGUUCAGGUACUAAGGAUAUCCUUGUUUGACCACAGAUGGCUUGAUUAUUACCCCAGUCAGUAUGUUUUAUCCACCUGUGCCGAAGCAGGGAUAUCCCUAAUGACUGGACUGUGAGUGGUCCAUGAGGACUGAGUUCAGGAAACAGUGAUGUAGUACAAUUAAACUGUCAUAAUGAGCUUCAGGUGAAGGAAAUUAAUUUACAAUACAGCUCUUAACACAGCCAUGUAUCUUUCUAUUUCAUAUUACAAUAUACAUAAAUAUUACGUUAGAUUCAACUGCACUCUCUAAUUAGCUCUAUUUUGUAAAAUUAUAUAUAUAUAUAUAUAUAUAUAUAUCUCCUCCAUAUAUAGGCAUGUGACAGGGUGCCUGGAGGGUAUGGACACACAGCAAUGCUGGUCAGACUCCAUGCCAUAUGCUGAUAUAUGCCUGGUUUGCUAAUGAUACUGUCCAGUGGAUUAAAGGAUACUGGGGAGUUUAUUUACUAAGCGCCGGAUUGUAAAACCCCAUCUCUCCGAUCGUGUUCAUGACAGAAAUUUAAUAGGGCAAUGCUUUUACUAGCCAUGUUUAGCUAGUAAAAGCAUGUCCCUUUUAAUUUUCCGGCAUAAACUUGAUCAGAAUUGUUGGGUUUUUCAACCCAACGCUGCGUAAAUAAAUUCCUAAAUGUCUGCUGCUCAGUAAUAAAGAGCUCUGUCUAGGUCACUUUUGUAGACAAUUAGUGGUUCUAAUUGCCAACUAAUCCAUCUACUAGUACACAAUGGAUGGAAUAUAAUAAGCAGCAUAGCUGAUGCUUAUCACCAGGGGCGUAUCUAGAACUUUGAGGGCCCCAUAGCAAAAUCUUAAAAGCCCCCACCCCCACCUGCCAUUGUCACUUCAAUGGCCCUUAUGGGAGCAGGAGACAGAAAGAGUGAGGUUAGUAAGAGAGAGUUACACAGGAGGUGUCAGGAGGAGAGAGAGAGGAGCAAGAAGGAGAGAGAGGGGGUCAGGGAAAGAAAGAGAGAGGGUUUCAUGUAAAAAGAGGGAAUGAGAGAAAGAGAGACAUAAGUGAGAGAGGGUAUCAGAAAGAAAGAGAAAGGGAUGAGAGGGGGAGAGAGAGAGGGCAUCAGGGAGAGAGAAAGGGUGUCAGAGAGGGAGGGGUGCUAUCGGCAGCUGUUCUCACCAUGGGCGGGCGUGGAAGCAGCUCAGUCCCAAUAACAGCUGCACCCACGGUAGUUACGCCACUGCUUAUCACUGUCUUGCCAAAAUGAAGCAUUGCCAACCACAAGGUUAAUUUGGCAGAGUAUGCCAAGCACCAUUUAUAUAACAUCCCAUUUUUGCAGGUAAGUACAUAGAUUUUUGGCAAAAUUGGUGGUAUCUAUGAGGGUGCAGACAGUAGAUGCUAGAAUCAAGUGGGCUAAAGGACUUCUGAUGUCAGGGGGAGGAGCUAGGCCAGUGGAUAGUUUAACUAUCCACGUCAACAACUACUCCCUUUAUUAACCCUCGUUCGCCACCAAGCCCAAAGCAUGGCGAGCGAAGCAUGCCCGCGAAGGUAUAUUUGCUCCUCCCCCUGGUGACAUCAGAGUUCCUUUCUCCAACUUGGUUUUAGCCAUAACCGGGUACAGAUGUCUGCUACUUUUGAUAUGAAGAGUUCUUGCAAAACCAUAUAUAACACCUCCAAGUGUACCAACUUAUCUGAGUUUGGGGGAGAUUUAUCAAAACUUGGGGCAAGAUAAAGUAUCCACCAAACAACUCAUGCCAUUUUUUCAAACACAACCUAUAAAAUUACAGAAGCUGAUUGGUUGCUAUCUCUAUCCACUUUAUCUCUUUCCAAUAUAUUAUAAAUCACCCCCUUUGAGAGUACUAAGCCAUUAUUCCGUCUUACAGUGAAGAAGUCCCAAGUUGUCCAACUAUACCCUACUGUAUUGUGUAGCAAAUGGGAUAUGGUCUGGGUUGUCAUCACACAUAUUACAUUAUGACAAGGGCUGUACAGAGCUGUGGUUAGGAGAAUCUACUUCAGUGUUUCUAAGUUCACACUAACAAAAUUAAAUGAAUCCUUUGGGAUAUUUUUGCAAAUCUUUAGUGAUAAUGGUUCCACCAGCUCCAAAGACUUUUUUGAAUAGUUGUUUUUGCAGGUUUAAUCUCAUGCACUUACCAUGCGAUAAGCGAUGUGCUUGUCUGUUACAGACACACAGUUGGGUUGGACAGAACAUCAGGCAAUUGUCCUCCAGAAAUUCAUUUUAAAGUGAGGGGCAGUAUUCUCAGAAAAGGGUGCCUUGCCGUAUGUCUUAUUAGAGUAGUGUCCUCCUCAGUGGACGGUUUGUGCAGGAGAAUCAGGAGGCUGCCGGUGAUCAAAGCAGUAGGUGGGGAAUGUGUGAAUAAUCUCUGUAUAUACAUGGAUGUAAUAUAUCAGUGGCAAAAGCUUCAAUGUCUGUAGUGUGACUAUGUAAGGGAUAUUGGCCUUAAAAUCAAUAAUAUGCAUGGGAACUUCAGUAAUAAAUGCUAAGAAAGUCAAUA